ACUCCUCCAAACAGGGGAACGCGCUAUGCAAACAACAGCUUACACAUAAAAUCUGUAAGUAUAUUCCUUUCCAUUUUCAAAAUUCUCUGCAAUUUUUUAUCAGAUUGUUGAUCGUAACUGCAGAUACAUACAAUCUCUGUAUCUUUCUAUUUGAUCGCGUACAUUUACAUGUAUAUUUAAACCCUAGAUUGUGCUCAGCAUAAACCAGGUUGUUUCCUUGUUAAUCAAAACCCUAUUGUGAAAUCAACUGAAUUUUGUUCAGUUUUGUCUGAUUUUGCGUUUUUGGGUGAAACCCAAGUGGUUAGAAGAAGCAUUUGUGAUGAAGAAGCAAGAGGGUGCUGAUGAGAAUAAGUAUGGGGAUGGGGUGGCUUGGGUGAGGGGGGAUAUGAUUGGAAAAGGGAGUUUUGGGUCUGUUUUUCUUGCGAAAUUGAAGAAGCCCAGGUCGAGAUUUAGUUGUUUUCCUUGUGUUAUGGCUGUGAAAUCGGCUGAGGUUUCGGUUUCAGGGUCGAUUCAGAAGGAGAAGGAGGUUUUGAGUAAUGUUGGGAGGUCUGAUUAUGUGAUUAGGUGUUUUGGUGAGGAGACUACAAUUGGUGAAAAGGGUGAGAUGGUUUAUAAUUUGUUGUUGGAGUAUGGUUCUGGUGGAACCCUAGCUGAUUUGAUUAAGAAAUCGGGGUUUAAGGGGUUGGGGGAAGCGGAUGUGAGGAGGUAUACGAGGGGGAUGUUGAGGGGGGUUUUUGAUAUUCAUGAGGCUGGUUAUGUGCAUUGUGAUUUGAAGCCGGAGAAUGUGUUGUUGGUGAAUAAUGGGAGAGGUGGGAGUUCUGAAUUUAGGGUGAAGAUUGGUGAUUUGGGGUUGGCUAAGAGGGAUAAGCAGAGUAAGAAGAGGAAGUUGAGUCCGUAUUGGAGGGGGACUCCGAUGUAUUUGUCACCUGAAACUGUGACAGAUUGUGUUCAAGGGUUUCCGUCUGAUAUUUGGGCACUUGGUUGUAUUGUGCUAGAGAUGCUAACGGGGAAGCCUGCUUGGGGUGGCAUGGAGGAUUGCAAUGCUGAUGAACUUCUGGUUAAGAUUGCUGAUCGGCACCAGUUGCCUAAACUUCCAGUGGACCUGUCGGUUGACGCGAGGAAUUUUUUGAAGGGUUGUUUAGUGAGGAACCCUAUGUAUAGGCUGACUGCAGAGAUGCUCUUAAAUCAUCCGUUUUUGGAAGGUUUGGUUGAUGAUGAUAAUGAUGAAGAGUCUGAGGAGGUUUCAGAUGUAAAUACUUGCAACUCUUUGUUGUUGUUGUCUGAUGCUGAUGAUGAGUUCGAUUACUCCUCUUUUUCAGAUGAUUGCAGCUUUGUUUCUGAAUAUGAAGAUGGUUCCUAUUGGUCAGAGGAAGAGUUAGACAUUAAAAUGGCAGCUGAAAAAGAAACAUUGGAGGUCAAACGAAGUAGUGAUAACACAAGUUCGAUUAGUUCUGAAUUUAAUGAUGUUAUUAAGACAACGAUACAAUGUCCAUCUAAAGCAAGACAUCAGCAUACAGUUACUUUCACCAUUCCUGCCGGUGUUUAGCUAUACAUUCUAGCUACUGGCAAUUUGUCGGGUGAGAAAUUAAGUCCAAGUAGGGUUAUAUGUGUAUUAUAGUGAUCAUUUAUACAAGCAUACUCAGUAUACAAUAUACAAACAGAAUGACAGUUGAUAGGUCUGUUUUUAGAAUGUAAUGUUGUUUAGAAAUUGUAUUGAUUCUUAUUAUAUUGAAUAUCGUAUCUUUCUUCA